CCUCACUGCCACCAGCCAGCUGGAGAGGUGCUUCCAAAGGCCCCUCAAGGCCACUCCUCUAAUUCCCUCCUCAGAGCCGUCCCCGGACUUGGGGAUGGAUUUCGGGGAUACCAAAGGGCUCCGCAUGGAUCUGCCUUGUUACCACGGCCCUCUGUCCAAGAAAGACUGCGAGACUUUGCUGCUCAAGGAUGGGGUGGAUGGCAACUUCCUGAUAAGGGACAGCGAGUCCGUGCCGGGAGUGCUGUGCCUCUGUGUCUCGUUUAAAAAUUUCGUCUACACAUACCGAAUCUUCAAAGAGAGACAUGGGUUUUACAACAUACAGACCGUGGAAGGCGCUCCCAAGAAGAUCUUUCCAGACCUCAAGGAAUUGAUCUCCGCAUUUGAGAAACCAAAUCAAGGGCUGGUGGUCCACCUUGUACGGCCAAUAAAGAAAACCAGCUCCCGCCCGAGAUGGAGACGGUCACAGAUAAAGUUGGAUAGUAUUUACGAGAACAGUAACAGUGAAUAUGUGGAGGUCUUGCCUUGAAGACAAGGAGACUGAACAAAGCAAUUCGAGAAGACGUCAGGUGUCAGCUCUCACCGGUGACCCUGCUUCUCCUGCAGAUGUGGACCUGGAAUGCUGAGCUGUAAGUGAGCUAUUCAGACUCUCCUGGACUGGGCGACUGAAGAUGUUCUGUCCACCAGCCUCAGAGAACUCGCUCCCCAUGUCCCCACCUCCCAUGCAUCCACCACGAGCAGCUUUGAAACCUUUCCCCCUGAGCACUCUUCUUUCUUGGAAUAGGACAGCCGGAACCUAUUCUCCCUGACUUAUCAAAGAUACCACUACAUCAUGGGUGACACCCUCCUUUAGACCAGGCAAUCGGAAGCACAGCUUCAUACAGAAGAGAACACACUUGGCCGUGAGCUAGGAGCCUGAGUUCCAGCCCUGUGGCUACGUGACUUCGGAUAAACCUCUUCCCCAGUCUGGGUCUCCAUUUCUUCAUCUGUAAAACAAACACUGCCCCUGCCCCUGUGCUGAGCCCAGCUGUAUCUGGUGGAGUUGAGGGGUCCUGGGGUGAUGGAGAUGUACGUGGAAUUGGCAUGGGUCUCCAUCCUCCCAAACAGCCAACAUGGUCUCUGCGCCUGCCUGUCCUGGGCUUGGUCAUGAUGGGGGCCCUGACCCCUCCCACACCCUUCUCCCCCUUCAUUCUAGCUCUCCUCUUUCUUACUAAUCUUGAUAUUCCUGCCAAACAUAUCCAUGGAUGCAUUAUCUCCCUGGUUUUGCCCAAUUUCACUAAUGCACGAACCACUUCAGCAGCAUGGAUGUAGCUGUGUACCACACUGAUAGGUGUGGGGAUUUUGAAGGUACCCUCCUACGUGUGGUUCCUGUUCCCGCUGGAUUCUAAGUGCCCCCCAAAGCACGCUUGGGUCUCCCUCCUAUUCUCCAGCGUGGAAAUGUGUGCUGUGUAGAGCCGUGCCUGUUCACAGAACUUUCUGACCGGAAGCACAUUCCUGAAGGGUUUGUUGAAUUGGUUCUAAGUCCUUUGAAUUUUUCUGCUGGUUCGACAUUCUAACUAAGACCUGAUUAGUGUGGAAUGUGCCAAUUCUAUGCCCAUCCUCUUACCUAUCUUCAAGCCAUAGUGAUUCAUUUUACCCUACUGGUCUUAUCUUUCAAAGUUAUUCAAGAGAGGAGCUCGAGAUUUCCGGAUGACAUGAACAAACAUUGUGGUUGGAGUCCUAAAGUGUAAGCCAUUCUGAGUUUCUGGCUCAUAGAAAUUCAGAGCUAUUACCAAGUAGGUAAGAAGUGAAAUGCAGUCACCAUAUUCAGAGAGCUGAGGGCACCAGAAGCAAGCCUGCUUCUUGGGGUUCAGUCCCUAGUCUUUGAUUCUAUAACCAAAGAAGCAUGUGUCAGUUGCCAGAGUCCCGAGCAAUCUUUGGCACAGAAAACAUAUUCAGGGCCAAUGAAAAUAUAUUUAUUUCUUGAACAAAUGACUGAAUAAGUCAGUAUAUAAAAUGUAGCCACUCGUUCCAGAUAGCAGAGAUUUGUUUGGGCUUCAUUCAUUUCAAACCUAGUAGAACAAGACUGUUAGUUCAAGACCUUGCAGUCGUAAUUCUCGUAGAAGUGAUUUCCUUUUUCUGAGUACCCGUGCAUAGCACUUUACAUGAUGCUUGGUCCCCCGUGGGAUUUCACCACAUUUCUCAACCAAGCAAGCCACACUGAGUAGCCGAUGUGGAUGCCAUGCUAUAAUUUGCUGAAUUUUUUUUAGAAGACCUUGAACAGGUCACGUGAAGGACAGUUGCAAGAUCCUGGUAGGUGGGACUGGAAGCAGUGUGGGGCGGGGGAGGGGAAGACCUGAGAAACAACAAUGGCAGGUAUAUUAAGUGUUUGGGGUGCCAUUCUGUGACAGAGGAUACAACGCCUACCAGCAGAACUCACACCAGUGCUGGCUAUCUAUAGGAGGGCAGUGUUAGCCGUAUGGCAAAAAGAACUCUGAACCCACUAGAACAAUCUUACACUAAGAGCCUGCCCUGUGUUGUAGUUUAAGUGGAGGGUGAUAUUUUCCAAGGAUAUGGGAGAGAUGCGUCCUGCCCCGAGAAGAAAUUAGACUGCCUGAAUGCUAAGGUACCUUCCAGUUCAAGGAUUGUUGGAUCCUAUGGUCAUCUCUUAACAGUUUAGUGGGAAUCUCUCUCCCUCUCUUUCUUUUUUGGACUUCCAUAUGGAGAGUGGUGUUAAUCACAUCCCUUAAUUCUUAACUCAUUAUCACCAUUAAUCCAUGUAAGACCUUUCUUCUGUUUUAUUUCAUUGCUAUCCUCUUUGCCUCGCAUUCCAAUGAUCACACCCUUCCCCAUGGGAAGUUGCUCAAUACUAUUUGAUAUACACCUUUGAUAUGUAUGCACCCUUGUAGAAGGUACAGCAUUGGUUGUGAAUACAGGUCUUUUAUAUUUACAUAGACAAUAUUCUAUUGUUCCAAUUAUGUUAUUACCUUUCUCACUGAACACCAUGUUUGGUUCUAGUCUAUAUUGUUGAGUGUAAUUCAGUCUCUUUUUUUUUUAAGUUUAUUUAUUUUGAGAGAGAGAGAGAGAGAGAGAGUGUGUGUGUGUGUGUGUGUGUGUGAGCAGGGGAGGGGUACUUGUGAGUGAGAGGGAGAGAGAGAAUCCCAAGCAGGCUCCACACUGUCAGCUUGGAGCCUGAUGCAGGGCUCGAACUCACGAACCCAGAGAUCAUGACCUGCGCUGAAAUCAAGAGUUCGACAUUCAACCGACUGAGCCAGCUGGGCAUCCCAGAGUAUAAUUCAGCACCUUAAAUGGUGCAUGGUAUUCCGCAGUGUGCUCUCACCAGCUUAUCCUUUCCUCUAGAGAUAGACAUCUAGGUUGGUUCCAGCACAACGGUCUGUGGAGCAAGCUUGAACGAGUCCCCGUAUGGAAGUGUAAGAGAGUUUCUCUGAACUGUAUGAUCCUAAGAUAUGCUCAUGUUUAAUUAUGAUGCAGUCAAACCCAUCAGGUGCCUUUUGAUUCUUCUGUAAUAAGCUCUUUACUCCGAGAUCAUGAAAAAAAGUUAUCCUGCAUUUUCUUUCACUUGCUUUUAUACCUUUACCCUCUGCAGGUAAGGUUUCAGUGAUGGCAAGGUCUCUUGUACUCCUCACUGACACUUUCCCAGUAACAAGAAAAGCCUUUCACACAUAGUUGAUGUUCAAUAAAUAUUUCUCAAGUGAAGGAUGAAUCCAGGGUGAACCUCUGUCCAUGGUAAGAGGUAUUUCCAACUUUGUAUUUCUCCAUAUAGAUUGGAGUAGUUUUCCCAUUUCAACCUACUUAAUAGUUAAUGUCCCCUCUGAUUUACAGUUCCUCCUUUAUCCACAAUGGUUCCAAUGUUCUAAUCUUAUUGUCUGGUAGGAUAGGCACCCUUUUAUUUUUCAAACCGACUGAGUUAUCUGUGGACCUUGGUUCCUCCAUAUACAUUUAAGGAUAAAUAUGUUACAUUGCUCAAAACAUCUUGAUGGAAUUUUGAGUGAAUUUGCAAAGAGUUUGUAAUUAGGGAAAACAGACAUUCUUGUAAUGCUGUCCCAUGCAUAAACAUGCUAUGUCAAUUUACUCAGGUCAUUUUUUUUUUUUAAUUUAAGUAGGCUUCAUGCCCAGCACAGAGCCCAAUGUGGGGCUUGAGCUCAUGACCCUGGGAUCAUGACCUGAGCUGAGAUCAAGAGUUGGACACUUCACUAUAUGCUAACUUGGAUGUAAAUUUAAAAAAUAAAUAAAAUGGUAAAAAAAGAAAAAAAAGUUGGACAUUUAACUAACCAAGCCACCCAGGUGUGCUGUCUUUUUUGUUCUUUAAUGGAAUCACAAAUUUUCACUAGAGAAGUCUUGUACAUUCUGUUAGAUUAAUUCCUAAUUGUUUUUAGUUGUUACAUAUUCUGUCUUUUAUUUUAUUACAUUUCUAGUAGCCUAUGGCAGUGGAAAAUGUUUACUCUCUUGUUGGGAUCUACUGGUCUACCCGUUGAUCCUACUGUAAAUCAAAUUGUAAAUUCUAUGUAAAUGAUUUUGUCGGCUGUAAAUAACACCACUCUGUUCUGUUUCCACACUUGUGAAUCUACUUAUUUUCCAUGUUUCCGUGCUGAAAUCUCGAGUAUCCACUAAACAGUAAUCACAAAAGGGGUCAUUCUUGUGUGGGUCCCAGCACUGCAUGGAAAGUUUAGAAACUUUCUCCAUUUCGCCACCACGUUUGCUGUUUUCAUCAGAAAUGUUUUGAGAUCUGUUAAGUGAUUUCUGCAUCUACCGAAAUUGUCGCAUUCCUUUUAUCUUCAUUCCAUGAGAGGUAAAUUAUUGUAAUAAAAUUGCUGAGAUGAUCCCAUCCUUUCAUUGCUUCCCUUGACCAUGCUGUAUUAUUUUCAAUAAACUGUUGAACUUGGUAAGUGAAUACUUCAUUUAAGAGUUUUGCAUUAAAGGGACGCCUGGGUGGCUCAGUUGGUAAGCGUCCAACUCUUGAUUUUGGCUCAGGUCAUGAUCUCACUGUUUUCUGAGAUGGAGCCUCGUCUCGUGGAUCUUCACAUUGACUGUGCUGAGUCCAAGCUGGGGAGGGACAGAAGGAGAGAGAGAAUCUGAAGUAGGCUUGGGCUCCAAGCUGUCAGCACAGAGCCCAAUGUGGGGCUCAAACUCAGGAACCAUGAGAUCAUAACCUGAGCUGAUGUCAGAUGCUUAACCAACUGAGCCACCCAGAUGCCCCAGUCUGGCCAUUGAUUAUGUGUAUGUGUGUGUGUGUACACUGGCUUAUUUCCACAUUUUGUAAUAAAUACAUAUAAGGCCAUUAUUUUAGCUCAUGGUACUAUUUUAGAAGUAUCCCACAAAUUUUAACAUGAAUAGUAUUUAUUGCUGUGUAGGUCAAAGUAGUUUUAAUUUCUAUCAAAAUGUCCUCUUCAAUCCAAGGAUAAUUUAGUAGUUUGUUAUUGUUUUUACACAUAUAUUUUAGCUUUUAUUUUUGUGUCAAUUCCAAACUGUAAAGCAUUAAGAGUUCAAUAACAUGGUUUGACUUGAUUUCUGAUGCUUCCGUGGUGAACAUUCUGUGAAUAUUUCAUUUGUUUGAGAAUUGUUUUUCCUUGUCAUUUUGAAGUUCAUUCUCGUGACCCAUCCCAUGUAUUCAAGAUUAUGAAUCAUGCCAAACAAAUAUUUUAUAGAAACUAAUUACAAUAGUUGGUAUACAGAUUGGCCCCCCCAGUUUUGCCAUACCUGUUUUAACUAUGUUAGUGGUAUAUUUUUAGGUGUAUAUCAUUUCAUAAUUAUUUUAUAAUCCUCUUAAUCUAUUUCUUUUAUAUGAAGUGAUUCUCUUGGUCUCUUAGGAUUUUUUUUUUGCCUUUAAUUAUAUUUUGCUUCAUAUUAAAAUUGCUGUCCUGGCUUUCUUUUCAUUCAUACUUUCCUAGUAUAUAAUUUCCCAUCCUUUUGUUUACAAGUUUUCUUGUAUCUUUUGUGUUAACUCUGUCUUCUGUAAACAAAAUGUUGCCGGAUCUAAUUUUUCCCCAAGAUUGUCUCCUUUUGUUUGGCAAGGUCAAUACACUUACAUUUAUUACAAUUUGUCUAUUGGAAUCCAUUUCUGUCAUUGUUAUGAGAUGAAUGUUUAUGUCCUUCAGUCCCCACAUAUGUUGAAGCUCUAAUCCCCAAAGUGAUUAAAAACAAUUUUUUUUAAUGUUUAUUUUUGACAUAGAGCACGAGCAGGGAGGAUCAGAGAGAGAGGGAGACACAGAAUCCAAAGCAGGCUCCAGGCUCUGAGCUGUCAGCACAGAGCCCCACACGGGGCUCGAACUCAUGGACUGUGAGAUCAUGACCUCAGCCGCAGUCGGAUGCCCUACCGACUGAGCCACCCAGAUGCCCCUCUAAUCCCCAAUGUGGUUUAGAGGUGGGGCAUUUGGGAGGUAAUUAGGUUGAGAGGAGGCCAUGAGGGCGGCCCUAAUCCCUCUCAUGAUGGGAUUAGGGCUUUUAGGAGAAGAGACGACAGAGUGCUCUCUCCAUGUGUAAGUGCCAAGAAAGGCUUUGUGAAGACACAGUAAGAAGGUGGCUGUUUGCACUGCUGGCAGUGACCGUCACCACAUACCGAAUCUGGGACACCUGAUUUAGGACUUCCCAUCCUCUGGAACGGUGAGAAAUAGAUUCUAAUGCAAUGUUUGUUGUUUAAACCACCCAACCCAGGGGCACCUGGGCUCAGUGGCUCAGUCGGUUAAGCCUCCGACUUCAGCUCAGGUCAUGAUCUCGCGGUUUGUGGGUUCGGGCCCCGCAUCAGACUCUGUGAUGACAGCUCGGAGCCUGGAGCCUGCCUCCCAUUCUGGGUCUCCCUCUCUCUCUGCCCCUCCCCGACUCAUGCUGUGUGUGUGUGUGUGCGCGCGCGUGUGUGUGUCUCAAAAAUAAACAUUAAAAAAAAUUUUAACCACCCAAUCUACAGUGUUUUGUUAUAGCUGCCUGAACUAAGAUAGAAAUCUUAUUAGCCUUUAUAUUUACUAUGCAUUUUGUUUCCUCCCUACCUCUCUUCUGCUUUCUAGUGAAUAGAUCACAUUUACCUGUGUACCUUGAAGGCUCUAUUUUUAAAAAAAAAUUUUUUUAACGUUUAUUUAUUUUUGAGACAGAGAGAGACAGCAUGACUGGGGGAGGGGCAGAGAGAGAGGGAGACACAGAAUCAGAAGCAGGCUCCAGGCUCCGAGCCAUCAGCCCAGAGCCCGACGCGGGGCUCGAACUCACAGACCUCGAGAUCAUGACCUGAGCUGAAGUCAGACGUUUAACCGACUGAGCCACCCAGGUGCCCCGGCUCUAUUUUUUUAAAAGACAGUUUUUGGUAGUCACCCCUACCUUAUAAAGACAUGUAUUUUUGCUUUUCUCUACAAUAUUUAAGAUAGAUCAAUUGUUAUAAUUAAGCAUACUCUCAUUUCACUUCUGUUACCAUCAUCACUCUUACUUAUCUUGCUUUCUGAUGUUAUCUAAAAUUUGAAUUAUUAUCUAUUCCUUUUGGGUCCUUCAUCAUUUAAAUAAACUAUAGAGUUAAUUUCUCAUCCUUACUUCCUAUACAUUUCCAAACUCAUAGCAGUCUCCGGAGUUUAUUACUUUUCUUACUAGAAUAUUUCCUCCAAGGGUAUUUGCAAAGAGGGUCUUUGAGUAGCAAACCUUUUAUAGCCUCACAUACCUACAGCUUCCUUUUAUGUCCGUUUAAACAAUAGUUGAGCUGAACGUACAAUAUAGGCUUAAGGUGAUUUUCUUUCAACAACAUAAAAAUCUUAAGCCAUUAUCAUUUUGUAUCCAGGAUUCUUAUUGACAUGUCUAAUGUCAAUCUGAUUCUCUUUAUUAUCUGAUUGUUUUUUUUUUUCCUGGAAACUUUAAAGGUGGUCUGUCUUUAUGAUCUUAAAUUUCACAGUAAUGUGUCUGAAUAUAAGUUUUUCCUUUAUCCUGUUUGAAAGUCCAUAUGCCAUUUUAUUCUCAAAGUUUUUUUUUAAUGUUUUAUUUUUGAGAAAGAGAGAGAGAGAGAAGGUGAGGGGCAGAGACAGGGAGACACGGAAUCCGAAGCAGGCUCCAGGCUCUGAGCUGUCAGCACAGAGCCCGACGUGAGGCUUGAACUCACAAACUGUGAAAUCAUGACCUGAGCCGAAUCGGACGCUUACCCGACAAGCCACACAGGCGACCACUUCAUCUUUCUAUACUUUUGAAAAUUAUUCUUUUUUUCCAAGAUAACCUCCCCUUUAUCUUCUCUCGCCUACUGGAAUUUAGUUAAGAAGUGUCCUCUAUUUUUUCCCUGCAUUCUAUUUGUUGAUGUUAGGAAAUGAUCUGAGGAACAUGAAAAGCCUCUCUAAAACGGAUAUAGUGCUUUUCUCAUAGUUAGCAGUAGCACGAAAAGUUGCUCUUUGCAGAAAUUAGUUACCAGAAACUGCAAUGGCUAAAGUCAGCCACAAGAGAGCAGACAAUCACCAAGAAAACAAAGUGUGUGUGUGCGUGUGUGUGUGUGUGUGUGUGUGUGUGUGUGU